AUGUAAAAUAAUAUAGAUGAUGAAAUGACAAACAUUGAAAACAUAUAAAUAGAAGAAAGUAUUGAAAAUGUAAAUAUUAGUUUUAUAUUUGAUAAAAUCAGAAAGAUUUUCAGAAGCAGUUGAAAAAUCUAAAAUAUUAAUAUCUUAAUCUAAUGAGCAAAUAGCAUAUAAUUUAUUAUGUAAUGUCAUAAUGAUUUUUUAGAAAGCAUUUUAGAAAAAUAAUAAUGUUUUGAGUAAAUAUUAGAAUUGUGUGAAUAAGCAAUUGAGAAAUAUAUUUCUAAAAGUCUAUUUUUUAAAUUAAAAGGUAAGAAUAUUAAUGAGUAAUUCAUAGCAAAAGCAUUAUUAUAAUUCAAAAAAGCAAAUGAAUCUUUGGAACUUUGUAAUUAAAUUAUUUCCAACCAUCCAUAAGAAUUAGAUUUAUAUAUUUUAAAAUGUAACAUUAUCAUCAAUUUAAUCAGCAAAUGCUUUAAAAUACCUUGAUAGAAAAGAAUAAAUCAUAUAGAUGUGGGAGUAAUUUGUUUAGCAAUUUUGUUAAGUAUUUGAAGGAUAUAAUUAUCUAAGUUAUUUAUUAUAUGAUUUAUUUAGUUUAAGCGUUAGAGGUAAAUCAAAAUUAUAAUGAGAUAAUUUCUGUUUGUGAUAAGGCUAUAUAAUAGUUUCCUGAUUAAAUUCUAUUUUUACAAAAAAAAGGUUUGAAAUCUAACAAUAAAUUAUUAGGUGAAAUUUUACAUAAAUAAAAGUCAUAUCUUUAAGCCAUUGAAAUUUGGGAUGAAUUAAUUUAGAAAUAAAAAAAAGAAGUUAAAUAUUAUGAAAUGAAAAGUUUUAAAUAACAAUUUAAUUUUAGUAAAAACAUUGACCAAAUAUAAGAAGUAAAUAUCAAAAUAAUAUUAAAAUAAUAAUAAAGAGGAAGAAGAUUUAAAUAAAUUAUGUUGUAUUUAUAAAUAAUUAAUAAUGAAGCCUUGAUUAAUGAAUAAAUAGUUACAUGUUGUUCCUAAUUACUAUAAGAAAAUGAGGAUGAAAACUUAGAAAUUGAUAGAUGUAUUUUAAUAAAUAAUAUUUUUAGUACAAUUCUUAGAUAAAUUUAAAUACAUAUUGAUUAAUUAAAAAUAAGCAGCUACUAUUUUUUUAGAUUAUCUAAUUAAAAAGUAUCCUAAAAAUCUAGACGGAUAUUAUUUUAAAGGUAUCAAUGAAUUUAUUUAGUAAAAAUCUUAUAUGAAGAGAAAAAAUUUGAAUAGAUUAUAGAGUUAUACGAUUAAGCUAUCUCUUAUCAACCUGAAAAUAUAUUGUUAUAUGAGAAUAAGGGUAUAUUUAUAUUUUUAUAUGUUUAGCUAGACAAUUAGAAAAAUAAUAAAGAUGGGUCGAAGCUUUAAAAUGCAUUAAUCAAGCUUUAUCAAUGUCUCCUGAAUCUCUGCAUUAUUAUUUAUAAAAAUGUACAAAUAUAAAUAUUAAUUUUAGUUAAAUCUUUAUAGAAGCUGAAUCUUAUUAGAACAGCUAGAUAAUGCNGUGAAUAAGCAAUUGAGAAAUAUAUUUCUAAAAGUCUAUUUUUUAAAUUAAAAGGUAAGAAUAUUAAUGAGUAAUUCAUAGCAAAAGCAUUAUUAUAAUUCAAAAAAGCAAAUGAAUCUUUGGAACUUUGUAAUUAAAUUAUUUCCAACCAUCCAUAAGAAUUAGAUUUAUAUAUUUUAAAAUGUAACAUUAUCAUCAAUUUAAUCAGCAAAUGCUUUAAAAUACCUUGAUAGAAAAGAAUAAAUCAUAUAGAUGUGGGAGUAAUUUGUUUAGCAAUUUUGUUAAGUAUUUGAAGGAUAUAAUUAUCUAAGUUAUUUAUUAUAUGAUUUAUUUAGUUUAAGCGUUAGAGGUAAAUCAAAAUUAUAAUGAGAUAAUUUCUGUUUGUGAUAAGGCUAUAUAAUAGUUUCCUGAUUAAAUUCUAUUUUUACAAAAAAAAGGUUUGAAAUCUAACAAUAAAUUAUUAGGUGAAAUUUUACAUAAAUAAAAGUCAUAUCUUUAAGCCAUUGAAAUUUGGGAUGAAUUAAUUUAGAAAUAAAAAAAAGAAGUUAAAUAUUAUGAAAUGAAAAGUUUUAAAUAACAAUUUAAUUUUAGUAAAAACAUUGACCAAAUAUAAGAAGUAAAUAUCAAAAUAAUAUUAAAAUAAUAAUAAAGAGGAAGAAGAUUUAAAUAAAUUAUGUUGUAUUUAUAAAUAAUUAAUAAUGAAGCCUUGAUUAAUGAAUAAAUAGUUACAUGUUGUUCCUAAUUACUAUAAGAAAAUGAGGAUGAAAACUUAGAAAUUGAUAGAUGUAUUUUAAUAAAUAAUAUUUUUAGUACAAUUCUUAGAUAAAUUUAAAUACAUAUUGAUUAAUUAAAAAUAAGCAGCUACUAUUUUUUUAGAUUAUCUAAUUAAAAAGUAUCCUAAAAAUCUAGACGGAUAUUAUUUUAAAGGUAUCAAUGAAUUUAUUUAGUAAAAAUCUUAUAUGAAGAGAAAAAAUUUGAAUAGAUUAUAGAGUUAUACGAUUAAGCUAUCUCUUAUCAACCUGAAAAUAUAUUGUUAUAUGAGAAUAAGGGUAUAUUUAUAUUUUUAUAUGUUUAGCUAGACAAUUAGAAAAAUAAUAAAGAUGGGUCGAAGCUUUAAAAUGCAUUAAUCAAGCUUUAUCAAUGUCUCCUGAAUCUCUGCAUUAUUAUUUAUAAAAAUGUACAAAUAUAAAUAUUAAUUUUAGUUAAAUCUUUAUAGAAGCUGAAUCUUAUUAGAACAGCUAGAUAAUGCAUUAGAAUGAUCCCAAAUAUUUAUUAUGACACAGACCAAGAAAUGGAACAAUGUGAUUUUUGA